AUGGGUAAUGGGUAUGCUGCCUUGUACGCCGACACAGGUGAUGGAGGCGGUGCAUGUGGUGGUAAUAGAGGUGGUGGGGGUUAUGUAGGUGGUAGUGGUCGUGAUGGUGGUGAGGUGGUGGUGGUGGUGGAUCGUGGAGAUGAUGGAGGCGAACGUAGCGCUUGUGUAGUGAAGGAGGUGAAGGUGGUGGUGGUGGUAGUGCGAGAGAGUGCACAAGAAGUACAAAGAAAAGUGAUAGAUUUGAUAGUGGAGGCUGUGACGGUUUGA